AUGUCUGACGCCGGCCGCCAAUCUCUCACCGACAAGGCUACUUCUGCCGUCAAGCCCGACUCUGAAAAGUCUUACGUCGAGCAGGCUUCCGACUUUGUCUCUGGCAAGCUCGAUGCCGUCGCUUCUGCCGUCCAGCCUCAGGAGGAGAAGACCACCACCCAGAAGGUCGGUGACGCCAUCUCUGGCGACAACAAGAACCGAGACGUCGUCUAA